CCCAGGAGCCCCAUCAUUGUCAGCAACUUAGGUCAGUGGCGUGGAAAAGGCGUGGGAAAAAUACGCUCAGACCAAUCUGUCGACAUCUUUGGAGGGUCCGCACCAUUUGCUUGUACAUAGUAUGCGGGAAAGCAUGCUAUUCCUUUCGAAUUGACCACUCGAGUAGUGUCUGCGGAGAUGAUCCAGGCACAGGAGUCAUCUGUCGGUGCGGGGCACAGGACUAUACAUAUGCGAAUUGUCUCGACUGCGAUGUUCGGACCACAAGUACUUGUUCGAGGCGAUAACCACGAACAAUGUCGACAGCCACGGUAGUUGAAGAUCUGCCCGUACUGACGAAACCGAAGAGAACACGUAAAACUCACAGCAAGGUCAGGACAGGAUGCCUGACGUGCAAAAUUCGAAGAAAGAAAUGUGGGGAAGAGAAGCCCUUCUGUCUGCGCUGCACAAGUACAGGUCGGAAAUGUGAUGGAUACCCGCAGCAGCCGUCGCCGCCAACCUCAAAUGAAGACUCUCCCAUAAGCAUCUGUGAACCCGAUCCGAAGCGCCAGAAGACAAGUACAAAUGGCAAAGUGGCUAUUCCCUCACUUCCGAGAACAACCAAACCGGCGGGUAUCGAUGAAGACUUCGCUCAGUUGUACAGACCACCUGUCAAGGUCAUGUUCGAGGCUGACAAUGACUUCUACUGUUUCGACUUCUUCCGAUCGCGAACAGGCCCGGAAUUUGCCGCAUAUUUUGACAGCUCCAUCUGGCGCACAUAUGCUGUAAAAGCCGCUCUGCAGCAUCCGACUGUGCUAGCAGCCGCAACGGCCGUCGGCGCCGUUCACCGCAGAUUUGAGCUGGGUAUCUCACGAGAAGCCUUCGAAUACUGCGAUCUCUCAGACAAAUUGUAUCAGAAAGCGCUUCGAAUGCUAUCAAACGACUUAGCUUCCGACCAUCCGAGUGCCGCUGAAAUCAACAUGAUGACAAUGAAACUGUUCAGCGUAUUCGAGACGUUCCAAGGCAACUAUGAUCUGGCACAGGCGCAUAUGACAAAUGGCUUGAAGGGCCUACUCCGGCAAAAUCGGCGCACUACCUACAGAGACACUCACUACCGCACCGUAGACAUCAACCACGAAAGCCUUCGAAAACUAUUCCUCAAGCUCGAACUAGAAUCAGUUCGACUAUUCGACGGGCCGGCCAACAUUCUCAGCGACCCGGAAGGAUCCCUCCCCGUACCCCCUCUUAACCCUUUUGACCCCGAUUCACUCUCGUAUCUUCCCGACCCGAAUCCCUACCCAAUCCCUCGAGCAUUCACCUGCCUUUCGCAGGCCCGCGACGUUCUCUUCACCGAGACGAAAUGGAUCUGGCACACCUGGACGCUCCUCGAGCAGGGCCUCCUGGUGGGCUCCCGCUUCACGCGCCAUCAUACACACAUCUCCCGCCUGCUGCAAUGGUCAAUGGCCUACGCUGAGUUCUCCAAGACGGAGCGCAGCCGACGAAAUUCUAACUCGCACGAAAAGCACUGCGGCCACCUUUUGAAGGCGUACCGCGAAGCCGCCUAUUUAUUGCUACUCACGCAAAUGGCCUUCCACUCCCCUGAGACGGGCGAGGUGAUUGUCCCUCUGUGUGACCCGCCCGAGACUUGCGAUUGCCACAAAUCGUGCCGGACGUACGCGGAGCGCAGGGAGGCUCUGAACGCGCAUUUCGCGCGCAUCCUAGUCCUGUGCGAGAGUAUCUUCAAUCAGAGUUCGUUUUUCGCGUACGAGGAGCACAGUAUCAGCGUGGACUCGGGCAUCGGACCACCAUUGUACCUCGGCAGCAGGAGAUGUCGGAGUACCAAGGUCAGGCAUCAGGUCACGUGCCUGCUGGAGGAGAGCGAAAUCCAGAAACGUGUCUGGGAUACGCUGGGCGUGUACACGAUCGCAGAGAAGUUGAGCAGUAUUGAAGAGCACGCCGUGGUUGGCUGCGGGGCAGUCGCAGCGGAGCUGGAGCCUAAGUGGGUGGACAUCACGUUCUUUUUGGAUGAGAGGAGGGCGCUCUUGAGGUAUUGUACGGCGGACCCCGAGGGGAUGGGCGGUAAAAUGAGAGGGACGGGCCUGGUUACGGAGCGGUACACAGGGAGUGGGAGUGGCGGUUUGGUGUGGACGCAGGAGUGGAUCGCCUUUUGAUCAUGGAUGUCGAGGAUCGUGGGAAUGAAUAUGCUCAUCCUGCAUGGCCUCUGUUGCAAUGCUGGGCUUAUGGUCUGGGUGGCACGUCUUCAUGGGAUGUCCAUAUCGGAUGGGUUGGAUGGACAAAACACACACUUGUAAAUGGCGGUCAAAAGGAAGAAUAUGAGCGAGUAGUUGUUUCAUGAAUUUCCCAUUCUUGAUUGUGGCAUUUAUCUGAACGGAUCGCUCCACGGCCAGAUGACACGACUAACGCCUUGCUAGUCUGACAUACAACUAUAUAAUCG